GUCAUAUCAGGCCAUAUAGCGAACUUCCGGGGGUUUGGGCCGCCAUUUUGCAUUUUUCUGUCGACUUCGAUGUUCCUCGUGUCGGCUUCCCUCUGCGUCGCACCUUAACCUGCGGGCCUGCUCUUCCUAAUUACGCGCUAACAGUGGCAGCGCUUGACGACGUUGCACGCUACGCGUGUUACUGCCUCCUCAGGCCGACUCUGGAAGAACUGGCUUCAUCCCCCGGGCCUGCAAAAUAUGAGGCACGCUUCGAGAGACUUGGUGCCUGGCACGCCUGCCGACACCGCACCAGCAAACGUUUAUACCGGCUGCUACCAAAGACUGCUCACUGCUAGACCUGUGAAACAGCGGUGGCCGCGGACGUUUUCCUCCGUGAAGUUGCUCCUUCUCGGCACAUUCGACCUCCCGGAAUGUUUUCGACGGCCAGCCGGCAUUUAGUCCUUGGGGGCGUAGGCUACGUUACUAUACGCAAACGACACCCCAAGUUGAGCCGGCGAAGUGCAUGAGUCUCAAGUCGUGCCUGCCGAGUACUCGUUUUUUGUUUGUGUGUGUGUGUUCCCACUCGUCGCCGACGCUUGGACUAUGAACUGCGGAGGAGGACCUCUGACCGUGGCUGUUAACGGAGGACCUGCGCAGCAGCCCCUCUUCACCUCGAGCGUCGUCACGGCGAGCUUCCACACUUCGAGCGUGAAUGCUCAACAAGUAAAGUGCUAUAGAUGGUCACCAAGCUGGCGAGGGUGGCGCACGCCUUAGAGAAGUUAACUGCUUGUUGAGUUCCACUAGUUAGCGCUCGCUACAAUUGCAUAGCUACAUUUGAAAAUUACGUAAAGUUACUUUUGUUGCUUAACUGUAAGCCCGAGUUUCGUGGGCAUGGCUGCGGCCACAUCGGGUCUUCUCCGUGCCGGAAUCGAAGAGGACGGGCCACCGUGUUCGGGGUGGCGGCGUGUGUAGCUUCAGGCUUAGCUGACACAAGGCUUAGCUCACACUAGGCAGGCUAGCUGACAGCCGUCCUCUUUCGACUGCGUCAGGGACAUGGACCCGUUCCGAAUUGCGUUGCGACCCGAGACCACUAUUUCGUGACAGGGUAGCCCGGGCGCGUCAGUGCUAUCGAGCGAAAUGUGGAAUCGGGGAAGCAAACGCGGCAUUCGGAAUUUCCUCGCCAGCUUUAGCUACUAAUCCUGUUAAUGCAGCCCUCGACGCCGGACGUCUCCUUCUUUCCGCAUCGGAGCUCGGCCAGGCAGCAGCGACAAGCAUCACUCGUACCACGGCCUACCCUGUUCCCUCGUCGGUGGGGUCUUGCUGGCAGGCGAGACCAUGGUCAUCACCCUGAACCAAUACGGAAUCCCAACGUCUGCUGUCAACUGCGGCCGACGAGUCGGAAGAAUAUCCAGUGUGCUGCUGCAUACUUGACAUUCUCCCACAGGAGAUGGCCUUGUGCACCACGAGUACCGUGGCUGACCGCGUUGGCUCCAUUGCAUUCCCACACCGAUGGCGUCCUGCUGCGCAGACCGGACUUGGCUUGGAGCCCUGCUACUACUGGAUCCCGACGUCUGCGUUCGAUUGCGGCCCACGAGUAGGAAGGGUAUCCAGUGCGCUGCUGCACGUUUACCAUCCUCCCAACGUCCCAGAGGUGAUGGCCUUCAGCACCACUCGUACCGUGACCGACCGUGCUGCCUCGCCGCUGUGGUCUUCCUGGCCGACAAGAUUGCUCAUCGCCCUGCUCUGCUACGGUAUCCCGACGUCUGCGUUCGAUUGCGGUCCACGAGUAGAAAGGAUAUCCAUUGCGAUGCGUCACGUCUACCAUCCUCCCAGUGGUCUGAAGGAGAUGGCCUACAGCAACACCCGUACCGUGGCCAACCGCGUUAGCUCAAUUGCAUUCCCACGCCGACUGCAUCCUGCUGGCAGACGGGACCUUGCUCCUCAGCCGUCACUACUGGUUUCCAGAUGUCCAUUUUCGAUGGUGGUGCGCGACAAGGACGUUCCAGCCAGUGUUUCCAAAAGAUGAGAUCAUAUUCAGCCGCCAUCGUCCCAUGGCUCCACGUUAGCACGUCGGCCGGCAACUGUGGACGUCGAAGUCUGAGCGUGGAGACUAUAACCAAGGACCUGCGGAACAACCCCUUGACACAGCCAGCUUCUACACGAGCUUAAACGCUCGGCAAGUAAGAUACUUGGUGGUGUCUAAGCUGGCAAGGGUGGCGCACGCUUUUGAAACGUUAGCUGUUAAUUGAGUGUAGCUGUAUUCGAAAAUUACGUAAGUUUAGUUUAGGUGAAUAAUUGUAAGCUCGAAGAUUGUGGGCAAAGCUGCGGCCACAUCGGGUCUACUCCGUGACGGAAUCGAAAAGGACGGGCCACCGCGUUCGGGGUGGCGGCGUGUGUAGCUUCAGGCUUAGCUGACACAAGGCUUAGCUCACACUAGGCAGGCUAGCUGACAGCCGUCCUCUUUCGACUGCGUCGGGGACAUGGACCCGUUCCGAAUUGCGUUGCGACCCGAGACCACUAUUUCGUCACACGGUAGCCCGGGCGCGUCAGUGCUAUCGAGCGAAAUGUGGAAUCACGGAAGCAAACGCGGCAUUCGGAAUUUCCUCGCCAGCAUUAGCUACUAAUCCUCUUAAUGCAGCCCUCGACGCCAGACGUCGCCUUCUGUCUGCGGCGGAGCUCGGCCAUGCAGCAGCUAUACAGUAAGUGGUCCAUUUCGCUGCAGUUGCAGCUGUUCGUUUUUUUGUUUACUCUCCUCCCUAUGUUGCAGAGGAUGACCUUGAGCACCAUUGGUCUCGUCACCGACCGUGUUCACUCCUUCGCAUUCCGUCGCCGUUGAGGUCUUGGUGCUGGACUGCACUUCCUUCCUCGCCCGGCCCUACUACUGGCAAGUACCAUCUGC